AUGCUCAAAAACAAGUGCUGUUUAAUCUUGCUCUUCAUUUGUGUUGAAGGUGUGAUUGGUGCUGAUACAGUUGUAAUGAAGUCAGUGACUGAGGGAGAUUCUGUUACUCUAAACACUGAUGUUACUGAAGUACAGAAAAAUGAUCAGAUACUGUGGAUGUUUGGAUCUCAAGAGACUGCUAUAGCUGGAAUAUAUAUGCAGAUCAUUAAUAUGUAUGACAGUAAUGAGACAUUUGGAGACAGACUAAGGAUGGACAGUCAAACUGGAUCUCUGACCAUCAGAAACAUCAGAACUGAACACUCUGGAGUUUACAAACUAACCAUCAUCAGCAAAUCCACCUCCUACAAGAGAUUCAAUGUUACAGUCUAUUCUCCUCUGCCUGUUCCUGUCAUUAGCAGAGGCUUUUGUUUAUCAUCAUCAGGAUCAUCAGUGUCCAAAUGUUCACUGCUGUGUUCAGUGGUUAAUGUGAGUGAUGUGAGUUUCUCCUGGUACAAAGGAAACAGUUUAUUGUCCAACAUCAGUGUGUCUGAUCUCAGCAUCAGUCUCUCUCUACCUCUGGAGGUGGAAUAUCAGGAUAACAACAUCUACAGCUGUGUGAUCAACAAUCCCAUCAGCAACCAGACCAAACAUGUGGACAUCACUCAACUCUGUCACUCCUGUGCAGACCCUGUUCAGUACAGUCAAUCUAAGGGUGUGAUUCCAUCACUGAUUUAUGCUGUAGUGGGCAUGACUGCUGUUGCUGUACUUGUUUACUAUGUCAAAAGCAUGCACAAGGAUACAUCAACAUAUAAUAAGUCAACAUGUCCUCUAGCGUUCUAA